AUGCCCGCGCUCCCAACCACUGACGCCUCCGGCGCCCGCCAUCUGCUCCGCGCGCUGCUUCGCGAGUGCACCUACCUGCCCGAUCCAGCCGCCCGCAUCUACGUCCAUCGCCACGUUCUACGCCGCUUCCGCGAGUACCAUCCGCCGCAAGGAAAGCACUGCGACCAUAAAGAUCAUUUGGAGAACCCGGCAUUCUCACCGCAGCGUAUCCGCGGGGCUUUGAAAAAUGCGUGGAAGGGCCUGAAUUUUUUGCGCCGUGUCAAUGAGGGCGAGGUGGCGCCUCUUCAGCAGCUUCUACUACUGACGUAUGGGCGUACUGGCAGGCGGCGGCACGAGCUAAUGGAGACGUUGCUCAUUCCCGACGCAGUCGGCGAGAGCGAGGCCGUUAGAUUGUGGCAGGCAGAUGUCGCCGCAACGCUCGACCCGUCUGAAGCCAUCACAGGCAUCCCGAAGGCCGUGGCUGAAGCUCCGAGGCGUAAUGGCAAGCCCCACAAGUACGAGAUUUCUCAACGCUACUCCAGGCUCCGUGCUCUUUUGGAGAGCCAGAGGCGUUAUGCGCGUCCCGUGGAGCUGAGGAGAGCCAAGUUGAAAUUGACGUACCUGGAAGUGCCGUUGACCAAUAUCUGGAUGCGCACGUUUCCGCGAAAGCGCGAGAGAAACAUGGUGCGUAAGUGGUAUGCCUCCAUCCUGGACAAGGUCUUCCCGCCGCUACCCGAAGACGAAUGGGAGAGGCUCAGGGAUCUGGUCUCGGGUGUGCGCAAGUGGCACGGCUUCAAACGUGCCUUUCCCGCCAAUUCAAUAGCAGCCUGCACAACAACCACCAUCAUGUCCGACAAGCCCUCCGUCCGCUUGGCCACUCGCGAAGAUGUUGGCGCGAUCCUGGACCUCAUCAAGGAACUCGCCAUUUACGAAAAUGCUCUCGACUCGGUCCAGGCUACUGAAGAAAGUCUCGCAGCUACGCUUUCCUUCGCUGCGUCAUCCUCUGACGGGUCUUCCUCCACCAGCUCAGGCUACGCCAAAACCCUGCUUGUGACUGCUCCGGAAGGUGAAGUGGCCGGGAUGGCGCUCUUUUUCAACAACUACAGCACUUGGCGUGCGAAGCCGGGCGUCUACCUUGAGGACCUCUUCGUGAAGUCUAAAUACCGUCGGAGAGGAUAUGGCAAGCUGCUGAUACAGGAGCUUGCAAAGGAAGUGCAGCGGAUCGAUGGGGCCAGGCUGGAAUGGAGCUGCCUGAAGUGGAACGAGCCGUCGCUGAAGUUCUACGCAGGCAUUGGAGCAAAGCAAAUGGAGGAGUGGGUUGGGCUGAGGGUCGAUGGCGAGGCUCUCACCCAUCUGGCGGAGGGUAAGGCGGCUUCUGCUGGAAACGAAUAA